UUCUACGUGUUUUAAGAGAAAAAGUGAAUGAAGACAUCAGACAGAGAAGAGAAGUCCUCCUCCUCGGUUUAGGUCCAGCCUCACCCUCUCUCAGAUCAUCUCCAUCAUUCUCCAGCUGAGAUGUCGACUCCAGAUGCAGCAGGGACUCCAGGAGCCCCCGGGGCCCCGGAAGGUGAGGGGGGUCCUCCAUCUCAGGCCCCAAACCUGACGAGCAACAGACGACUCCAGCAGACACAGGCACAGGUGGACGAGGUGGUCGACAUCAUGCGCGUGAAUGUAGACAAAGUCCUGGAGAGAGAUCAGAAGCUGUCAGAGCUGGACGACCGAGCCGACGCCCUGCAGGCCGGAGCCUCGCAGUUCGAGAGCAGCGCUGCCAAACUCAAGAACAAGUACUGGUGGAAAAAUUGCAAGAUGAUGAUCAUCAUGGCCGUUGUAGGUGUUAUAUUUGUUGGCGUCAUUUUCUUGUAUUUCUUCCACUGAGCUGCUCUUCAGGGAUGGACGCACAAGUCACAGGACGAGUCUGCACCACCGAACGCCAAAUCCAAACUCUCCUCAGUGCUCCUCCACCCCAGUGAUGCCUUCCUCCAAAGCCUCCAUGCAUGCUCAUGUAAUGUGCUCCACUACCUCCUUAUUGUGCCUCUGCACGAGGCCGGUUUCCUGACUUUGUUAUCGGGUUGGGUUUACUGCAGGUGUGAAAUCUGUUGACCCAGGUUUGUCCUUUAAACACUGAAACAAGAAGAAAAAACCUCCUGCUGCACCUGGUUUUUCUGCAGCUCAGUGCACAUAAGAUUCAUGGACAGGAAGCAUUGUGAGGUUUACUGGACACCAGUAAGAGCUGCAGUCGAACAGUCAGGUAGCUUCUCUUGAGAGGGCUUCUGAGUGACCCAGAGGGAUGUGAGCAGCAUCCAAAAGAGCUGUUUGAGUUCCUUAAAUACAAAGGAAAGGAGCAUCAGUGCUUCCUUUAUUACCUCCUUUAGCAGAGGAUACACUGGAGCAAUGCCAUCCCAUAAUUCACAGCAGACUAAUCCUGAAAUAAAAUGAUCAGAAAUCAUGUAAAUAACUGCUGAGGUUUAAGUGUUAUACUGCAUAUCUCUACUGCAAAGUAAGGCUUUGUGCUUUAAAUAUAAAAUCAUCUGUGCAUGAAGAUGAUCAUCUAUCCAAGUACAUUUAGGCGUACCAUAGCUCAGUUUGCAUAAUGCAGCCUUUUUUUUUUUCAUCGUCAGUCAUGGAAAUCUUAAUAAAGGUAGGAGUGACACUAUCAUCUGAUCAGGAGGAAGGGAGAUUAGAGAUAUUCAUCUUUUACAAAAGCUGUAGCUUUAAAGCAAGACAAAAGCCUGCAUUGAACAAAACAGUGCAAACCUUUUUGAAACCCAUC